CAAGUUUACAGAGAAACUGAGAAUAAUGAAAGGUGACAGGGUAGCUGUAUGUGGCUCAGUUGGAUCAGGCAAAUCAAGCUUACUUUGCAGUAUACUUGGUGAGAUUCCAAGGAUUUCUGGGGGUGGAAUUAAAGUUUAUGGAUCAAAAGCAUUUGUCCCACAAAGUGCUUGGAUUCAGACUGGAACUAUCAGAGAAAAUGUGUUGUUUGGCAAGGAAAUGAACAAGGCCUUCUAUGAUCAAGUUGUAGAAGGAUGUGCCCUAAACCGUGAUAUUGAGAUGUGGGCUGAGGGAGAUUCAAGUGUUGUGGGGGAGAGAGGAAUGAACUUAAGUGGAGGACAAAAACAGAGGAUUCAACUAGCAAGGGCAAUCUAUAGUGAUUCAGAUAUUUAUUUGCUUGAUGAUCCUUUCAGUGCUGUUGAUGCACAUACGGGGGCUCAUAUGUUCAAGAAAUGUAUGAUGCAACUCUUGUAUGGGAAAACUGUUGUUUACGUCACUCAUCAGUUGGAAUUUCUCGAUGCUUCAGACCUUGUUUUGGUAAUGAAAGAUGGGAGGAUUGUUCAAUCUGGAAAGUAUCAAGAUUUGAUUGCAGAGUCUGAUGGUGAACUUGUUAGACAAAUGGCUGCCCACAGAAAAUAUCUAAAUCAUGUCAAGCCUCCUCCAGAAUGCAACUACUUAACAAACGGACACCAACAGCAGAGUAAAACUGAAGUUACCGAGAAUAAUUUUGAACACCACAUCAGCAAUGGUGACAGUCUCAUGGAGAAAACUCUACAAGAAGAAACAGAAACUGGCCGCGUGAAAUGGCAUGUCUACUCAAUAUUUGUCACUUCUGCAUAUAAAGGAGCUCUUGUUCCAGUUAUCCUUUUGUGUCAGGUUCUCUUCCAGGGACUGCAAAUGGCGAGCAAUUAUUGGAUUUCUUGGGCAGCAGCAGAAGAAGGCAGGGUUAGCAGAGAGCAGUUAAUUGGGAUAUUUGCUUUGAUGUCUGGUGGAAGCUCCAUGUUUAUUCUGGGCAGAGCAGUUUUGCUCUCAACCAUUGCCAUAGAGACUUCUCAGCGCCUCUUCCUUGGCAUGAUUACAUCAGUUUUCCGUGCACCCCUAUCGUUCUUUGAUUCCACGCCCUCAAGCCGAAUUCUCAACCGCUCUUCCACAGAUCAAAGCAUAGUGGACACAGAUAUUCCCUACAGAUUAGCUGGAUUAGUAUUUGCCCUUAUUCAGCUAUUGAGUAUCAUUCUCCUUAUGUCGCAAACUGCCUGGCAGGUCUUUUUUCUCUUCCUGGUUAUUCUGGCCAUCUCCAUACUGUAUCAGGAUUAUUACAUCACCACUGCUAGAGAACUAGCCAGGAUGAUUGGGAUACGAAAAGCUCCAAUCCUUCAUCAUUUUUCAGAGUCCAUUAGUGGGGCAGCAAUAGUUCGAUGCUUCAAUGAGGAAGUUCGCUUCUUGAAGAAUAUUUUAAGCCUCAUUGAUGCUUAUUCUUGUGUCUCUUUCCACAACUCUGCAACAAUGGAAUGGCUAUGCCUUCGAAUCAACUUUCUCUUCAAUCUUGUCGUCUUCCUUCUUCUUAUCAUCUUGGUGAACCUUCCAAAAUCAGCCAUUGACCCCAGCUUGGCAGGACUGGCAGCUACAUAUGGUUUGAACCUAAAUGUUCUCCAGGCUUGGGUUAUAUGGAACCUUUGCAAUGUAGAGAACAAAAUGAUCUCAGUAGAAAGAAUUCUUCAGUUCACAAACAUACCAAGUGAAGCACCACUCGUAAUUGAAAAUUUUAGACCGGAGCCUGAUUGGCCAACCAAUGGAAAAAUCGAGCUUGAAGAUCUCCAUGUCCAAUAUAGUCCUGCUCUCCCAAGAGUGCUGAAAGGAAUCACUUGCACCUUCCCGGGGGAAAAGAAAAUUGGUGUUGUGGGCAGAACUGGAAGUGGAAAGUCCACUCUGAUCCAAGCUCUCUUUAGGGUGGUGGAGCCCUCAGAAGGGCGGAUUCUGAUUGAUGGAGUAGAUAUUUCAAAUAUGGGAUUGCAGGAUUUGAGGUCUAGGUUGAGUAUAAUACCCCAAGACCCAACUUUAUUUCAAGGAACCAUGAGGACCAAUCUUGAUCCUCUGCAACAGUGCUCAGAUCAUGAAAUCUUGGAGGUUUUGAACAAAUGUCAUCUUGCAGGGAUAGUAGCGCAGGAUUCAAGGCUUCUUGAUGCACCAGUUGCAGAAGAUGGAGAAAACUGGAGUUUGGGACAAAGGCAGCUGGUAUGCCUGGCCAGGGUUCUGCUACAAAGGAGGAGAAUAUUAGUAUUGGAUGAGGCUACAGCCUCGGUGGAUACAGCGACAGACAACGUGAUUCAGAAGACAAUAAGAGAACAAACAAGCAGAUGCACAGUCAUAACAGUGGCCCAUCGGAUACCAACCGUUAUUGACAAUGACUUGGUUCUAGUUCUAGAUGAAGGCAGCGUUGUUGAGUAUGACUCCCCAGAUCGGUUGCUGAGGGAUAAUUCUUCCAAAUUUUCGAAGUUGGUAAGGGAAUUCUUGAAAAGAUCAUCUGAUAGUAAUCUUCAUUGGGAUCUUACUUGAAGCCAGUGUGGAGAUUGACUUGAAGCUCAAUCAUGUGCAAAGAUUCAAGAUAUACGAAAAAUAUUUCAGUGUCUCAAUCUGACAUUGUAGCAUCCACAAGUUUCUGACUCAUUGUUAAAAAUGAAGCACUGAGCAGCAACAACUCGAAUGACAACAAUAGCAGUGAUGAAAACUGCAAGAGCCCAUGAAGCAAACCUAACAGUAACCAGAAGAAUAUAAACGUUCUACUUCAAGACCACAUAUCCCGCCUUUCAGAAUCUCAAAAUGCUGAAGUGAUAUACCUCGGAAAGAAUAUAUGUAACACUCUUGUCUUGCUACGAAAAUUACAUGCAAAGAGUUUUCCCAACUAGUCUAGGUUGUCUACAAUCGUGCUACAAUAGUUUCAGACAGGAACCAUCAAUAUAUUUUGCCGUUGUCGCGAAUAUCAUUAAUUGUGCAUACGGAUUUUCAUUGCCAAGUGUGCUUUCAGUGGUUUUUACAGUUAAAUUUAAGAAUAGCUUCCUCGAUGAUGCUAAAACUUUAGACUAUAAUGACUUGGACAUUCUCAAGAGUCAAGAUUUACUUUCCUGAAGACAUUUACUUUCAUCUGGUUUGCAUGAUUUCAAUGUGCAGCAUGUGUAAUUGGG